CUCCACCUCCAUCCACAACCAUCCACCUCAUCCUACCAGCAACGCCCACCACACACGAGUCAAACUCACCGGAGAAAAGGGAAAACUCGUCGGAGAUGUCGGGCCGCGGCAAGGGAGGCAAGGGGCUCGGCAAGGGCGGCGCCAAGCGCCACCGGAAGGUGCUGCGGGACAACAUCCAGGGCAUCACCAAGCCGGCCAUCCGCCGCCUGGCGCGCCGCGGCGGCGUCAAGCGCAUCUCGGGGCUCAUCUAUGAGGAGACCCGCGGCGUGCUCAAGAUCUUCCUCGAGAACGUCAUCCGCGACGCCGUCACCUACACCGAGCAUGCAAGGCGCAAGACCGUCACCGCCAUGGACGUCGUCUACGCGCUCAAGCGGCAGGGACGCACCCUCUACGGAUUCGGCGGUUAGGAAGGGCAGGAUCCGUCGGUCGGUCGCGGGGUCAGAUUUAGAUAGUUAGCCUCUGUUUAGGGUUCCAUGGUCUGGUGUCGAGUAGUAGUUGCAGCGUCUCGCUGUUGUUUUCUCUGUGGUGACUGUAAGACUGUUGAUUUGGUAGAAUGGAAUGAUAAUUUCACUAGUUUACCAUCUA